AUGUCACUCCCCUCAAAUGUGAACCGCAGAUAUAUCACGGUUGCAGCCGGCAUACUCAUUGUUUUAUGGCUCUGGGUAGCCUUUGAUAGACCCUACGCACCAGAGCGCUUGUGGAACACAAAUUCUGGUAUCGACAGUACAAAGACCUCAGACGUCUUCGAUUUCCCGCCUGUCAGAUCGGAAGCAAUCCAGGAAGUUUGCGGGAAUACGGAAUGGAACUCCAGUCUCAUCUUUACUUGCGACAACAAUCGCGAUGGUAUUGGGCAUGUACGCAACUCAAUACUCAAUUGUGCUAGAUUCGCGAUUCAAGCAGGCGCGGCGCUUGUGUUACCAAAAAUCAUAGCCCGGCAAUCAACGGUCCACUCUGAUCCUGAGACAGACACGGGUUUAGGCAGAAGGCGUGGUGAGGUUCUCAAAUCGAUGGACUAUAUGUUUGAUGUCGAUCACUUUGUCCAAUCCAUGCGCCUAUCGUGCCCGGAAAUGCUACUCAUAAAGAAUACGGAGCAGCAUUUCAGUGAUCGUCGAAAAGAGCUUCAGCCAGAAACCCUAGUGCUCAAUCGCCCAAUUACAGGCAUGGAACAUCCAGAAAGUUGGCCCUCACUCUUUUCUAAAUGGGUCGAGGAUCAUAUCCCACCGAGACAUGAGGAAGGGACGCUCAAAACUGAGCCCAUCGUUAUCGAUCUCCAGCAAUCCUUCCUUUCUUACCCAAUUCAUUCUGAUGGCCAUAAAUUCGCGCACGACUUCGGCGAGCUUCUCAAAUUCCGCGAAGACACCCGUAGCCUUGCUACUGCUGUUUUACUGGAGCUGCAAGAGUGGCACGACAUGGAUGGCAAUAUCUCGGAUUCGAUCAUAACACCAUCUUUCUUUGGCGCUCAUCUCCGGACGUCAGAAUUUGGUGAACACCUCGAUCGUCGACAUGUUGCACCUGCUCCCUUUAUGCAUUAUGAUGGCCAGUCCAUUGCAUAUCUGGAGCAUGCGGGUGCCGCGCAGAUAAGCCUGAUGUAUGUGAGCUCUGGAAAUCUUCUAGAUGUCGAACGUUUGAAAAAAUCAGCUCUUGGCUGGGGAAUCGACAUUACCCACAAACAUGCCCUCCUCAAAGGGAAACAUCAAGAUCAACUAAGAAGUCUUACUUGGGACCAGCAAGCGCUCGUUGACUUCUUAGUACUGACUAAAUCACAAGAAUUUGCAGGCGUGGGACAUUCGUCAUUUUCGUGGAAUAUUGCCUUGAAACGUCAGCGUCUUGAACAGUUGUCAGGGCAAGAAGUCGGACAAGCCAUCUUGGAUGAAGAGGGAGAGUGGAGUGAUGGGCUAAGUACCCUCUAUGGAGUUCGAAACGGAUAUGUUGAAAGUGCCCAAUGUAUGUGGGAAUAA